AUGGCUUUCUUGAAGGAGUCCUUGGCUGGACCAGGAUUUGUGAUUUUGAACGCUAUACGCGUCCUGAACAUCAUUGUCUUUCUGGACAUCAUCGCAGCAAGCGCGGUGAUGAUCGUGAAAAUCUCUCUUUUGAACAGCUUCUUCUUCUUCCAGGCUGUGUCUCAUGUCAUGGCUGCUGGAGUCAGUAUCUUCCUUAUACUCUCAGAAUUACCAUUCUUCCGCGGUUACUUCGAUCACAACUGGCCUUUGUUUGGCCAGGAUUCCGGGUUCGUCACACUAGCUGUCGCUAUGCUACUACUUGGAAUCGCGGUCUUGGGGGAUCUGAACACGCCAGCUACAAGUCAGGAGUCGCUGGGGCUUGCAUUUUGGCGAAUCGUGGUCUCCGCGGGAAUUCUGGCCAUGGUCAUGAGUCUGAUAAAUCUGGCAUCGAGUUUUAUCUUCGCGGAUCGUUCUGCUGGGGUUACUGCACGUCAUGUCCGAGUGUAUGGAGCGGUGGCACCUCAGAAAGUGGUCACACGGGCAAGCAGCCAGCGCUCCUUUCAGCUCGGCAUCAAGCGAGAAGAUUCGCUGCCAACAUAUACCUCGCAGUCUCCCGUAAGGAGACAGGGCUCCGCGCGGAGUAUGACUCGGUUUCCGUUGAAAAUCUCCUCGCCCAUGAACCUGAACGACGCCGCAUCGUCAAAAUACUCAAGGGACUCGUCAGGAGUGACUGUUCCUGAUAUUGCCCAUCAUCCAGCCAUGUAUUCCUCACAGGUGUAG